AUGUCUGGUCUCGAAGCUAUCGCAAUUCUGGGAUUUGCCCUUCAAGUCGUCGAUACUACCGUCAGGGUCAUUGAUCUAUGGAAGGCGACAAAUGAAGUCGGACAGGAAGUCAUCAUAAUAAAAGCCAGACUCGACAUGAUUCGCGCCCGUCUCAAGACCUGGUCACUCGGCUGGGGGCGACUAACGGAAGAUGACCUCAAGAAGAGUCCACGCUUCAAUGAAUUCGGAAUUCUGGCUCUGAGAUAUGUCUUGAUAAUCCAGUAUCGUCUCACGGCACUGGAGGAUUUCGACAAAAAAUAUCCCUCGUUGUUUCGAAAUGAUCGCGUUCUAGAGGGACAGCCUCGCUCGGCUGACCGCGGCCUUCAACUUGCUUUAAUUGCUCAAACGGAGAAGCCGAAAGCUAGAGAUCUGGAGCUACUUCAGGAGGAGGUAUCUUCUAUAAACCAUGCCAACAUAAUUCAGCGAUGGAGAUGGGCGCGGAAGGGGGGAGAGGGUAUGAAGAUGACAGACCAAAUUGCCGUAUUAGUUGGAGAGCUCGAAGAUUUCUUUAUACCCCCACCUGGCGACCAGAUAGAGUCAGUUGACUUUGAUCCAAAACAGCCACCGGUUCAAGGUUCUGAAGAGGAUGGAGCUCUCAAAGUAGUGCAGGGUAUCGCUACCUUCAAGGGAGCCGCCAAAGAGAUGACAAACCGAAUCGACACCAUGUACCAACGAGAAUUACUACGAAGCCACCGAGGAAUCAAAAACGAGAAGAAACUAGACAACACAAAUGAACACUCCACCACGCGCAGUCUUGCACAUUUCAAGUCUCGCAACAUCAACAACACACCUGUGAUGAUCGAGUGGAUCACCGUACCAAGCAGCUUAUCUGCUGAAAUCAAGGAGGCUUCCCAAAACCAGAUACACGACCUCGCUUUACUACUACACUCAGAAAAGAAGCCUCAAGAGUUCAGGACUCUAGAGUGCAUAGCCAUGGUCGAUAUGCCCGUCGCAGAAGAAGAGGACGCGCAAUACGGUUUGGUGUUCAAGCUUGAGGAGGGGCAGCAGGUUUAUACGCUUCUGGAGCUGCUGAGCAGGGACGGCUCUACGCCCAAGUCUCUCACUGAACGGUUGAAACUUGUCAAGCUGCUUUCCAAAACACUGCUGUUUCUUCAUUUAGGAUCGUGGCUGCAUAAAGGUAUACGGAGCGAUAAUGUCCUAUUUCUGAGUAGCGACAUAUCGAGUGUUGAUCUUGGCGCGGCAUACAUUGGUGGUUUCGACUACAGUAGGCUGUUUCGCGAGACGAGACUGACUCAAAAUGUUGGGGACAAUCGAUAUCAAAAUCUGUACCGGCACCCUGACCAUCAAGGCCUUCCAGUGCAGGAGAAUGGCGAGUCAGCUGACAGACCGCCUUUCUCAUACAAAGCCGACCUGUACAGUCUUGGUGUCGUGCUUGUGGAGAUUGGUCUGUGGUCGCCGGUCAUCAAGCUUUUAGACGCUCGGGGGACUCAAGACGAAGACAAAAGUGUGAAGGAGGCAAUACUUGAUAAAAUUCCUGAGGUCAGGAUGAGGAUGGGUGAUGCUUUCGCUGACGCAGCCUCGGCGUGCUUGAGGAGUGACUUUGAAAAUGGCGAGGCUGGACAGCCAGAGAGUGUUCAAGAGGCUUUUUAUCUAUCUGUAGUGAGGCUGUUGGAGCGUUGCUACCUAUGA